UGUUUCCAACACAGAAAGGGGACCUGAAGACAUAGCAGAGACAGCAGGGAUGUUGUUUUGGUUUUUGCUGUUUGAUACCUGGCUUCUCUCUCCUUUUCCCCUCGAGGCGUGCAUGUGUGUGUGUGUACCCUCCCAUUCACAUAUCUAAUAAGAGAGAUUCCUGCUGCACAUCCAGGAGGGAAAGAGGAGUGAGGAGCGGAGUGCAGUGCGACUCAGAGGUGGACAGAGUUUCAGCUGCUGAAGGAGCAUUAGCGUUACUGAAAGCGAAAAAUGGGACCGGCUGCCACCUCACACACACUCUUGUGUUUAUGUUUCAUGUCAGUCUGUGUUCCUACAGGGACGAUUGAUGCUGCACCGACACAGGAGCUAGAGGUGAAGAAGCCAAGAGGAGAUGUUCCUGAUACUCUUCCAGAACCUGAAUCAGAGCCAACCACUCAAAUAUCAGACUUUGAAAACUCUUACAACUACGUCUUGUCACGACUAGCUGGUAUGGAUCAGGCCAUCCACAAGCUGAACGUUGGUCAUUACACUCUGGAUGUUAAAGUCAGCCAGCUGAUCGACCGCAUCUCUAGGUUGGACGCUAAAGUUGGGGAGCUGGAGGAUAAAAUCCAUGAGGUCUACCAACACAGUAAGGACAAUCGAAAGGAGACUGGACGACUGGAAGGCUGCCAGAAAGGACACAGGAUGGGCUACAAAUGUUACUUGGUGUAUAAUAGUUUAGAGGACUACGCUGGAGCAUCUAGGAAGUGCCUCGAACGCGGAGGACGCAUGGCGAUGCCCCGCGACCGCAAGGAGCAGGAGGCCUUAGCCGACUACGUGAAGAACUUCUUCCACCCGGGGAACUGGCCUGUCUGGCUCGGCAUCAACGACCUGCGCUCCGAGGGCUUGUACCUCUUUGACGACGGCACACGAGUGUCGUACUUCCAGUGGCGUAAACACUUCCUGUCCAGUCAGCCGGACGGAGGAAGGCGGGAGAACUGUGUGGCCAUGUCGUCGGACGACGGGGACUGGUGGGACCACUACUGCGACCGGACCAUGAACUAUAUCUGCGAGUUUGAUGACAGGGUGGCUCUUUAAAAGAACAGCCAUGUUCUGUCCUUCUGUUACAACUUUAAACUGUUGAUCUUUAGAAAUAAAAACACAUUUAAUUAAAUAAUCAAAUAAUUUAUUUUCCGCUAAAUGCUCAAUAAACCGGCCGGUUGGGUCGAAAGGAAAGUCAGUGUCAUAGCAACGUUUUUUAAUAAAUACAGAACAAACUUAGCAAAAAAAGUCUUCUAUUUAAAAUGUAAAACUUUGUGUGCUAAAUAUCCCUUUGUUCCUGUAGCUGUCCUAAUCUGGCUGUGAGCUAGUUAAACUCGGCUGGAAUUUUAUUUAUGGAAUUCUAAUCGUUUAAUCAAAGUUUCCAAAAAAGGAAAAUAAUUGAAAGAUGGAGGCACUUUCUUCUGGAUCAGCACAUACCAGACCCCUCUGAGAUAUUCGUCAGCAUGUUCUCAGGGAUUUGUAAGGAAUUAAGAAGGGCCUCUUUGUUGCUUACUGCUGCUGAGCGUGACUCGUGUUAAACUACUGAUUAACCUACAUUUUUUUGCCUUAGAUCAACUCUUAAGCGCUUUAGACUUGGCUGAAAAACACUAAAACUGAGUUAGACUAUAAAGAAACUUUAGUUUUGUCCUAAAACUCCUAAAAGUUAUUAAUAGUCAAAACUAUUAGUUGGUGGUUUUUUAUACCCAGUGAGUUAAAUCAGUGUAACCAAGUAAGAAAACUAUUUCUCUUUAGAAGAUUUUAUCUAUAUUUCUACUUCUAUUCCAUUUAAAGGUGUCGAACACUUGUUUAAUCAAUACAUUUGCAGUGAUCUCUAGUAGGAAUGAAUGCCUAUUAAGUCGUACUCGGGUGGCAAAAACACCGGCGCACCAUUUCCAGGAACUAGAAGUGAGCCACAUCUCAGCUGAGCUUCAGACGGCAGGUUGUGGAGUCUUAUUUCCUGAUAUCUGGAUAUCUCAUCUCAGACUGGACAAUGGUCACGCGAUGCAACGUUGGUUUCAUCUCCACAAAUAACAGAAGCCUGAAGGAGUUCUGCUGUGGGGUGGAGUUGCUAAUGCUAACAGUUAGCAAACGGUUCUCUGCUGUUUCCUGGACGUUAAACCAACAGCCUUCCCCGUCGUGAGUAAUGAAUGUUAAGCGACAGUGUGAUGUAGAUCUGUCAGGAUUUUCUGAUCCUAGAGUUUCACCAUCUGUUUUCUAUCAGAAGCUAAAGCAGGAGGUAUGUGUAGGAGACUAUUUUCAUGUUGAAAUGUCAUUAAAAACUUGGAGAAAUAAGAAUUUUAAAAUGGUUUUUCAAUGUUCCACCCAUUUAAAAAUCUAAACUAAACCAGAGGAAACGUUUCAAGAAAUAAAGAGAUUACAUUUCU